AUGCCAAGUAUACAUCAUCAUCACCAUCAUAUACCUCUAAUAAACAAGGAAUACGAUAUGAUAAUCUAUGUUGGGGAAGAACCUUCAAUCAAAACGUUUCACGCGCACUCCAAUAUACUGAGGGAUAAGUCUCCUUAUUUUCUCGCCGCAUUGUCAAGCAAUUGGAUACAGAGGGAGAAUGGAAUGAUAGUCUAUCGCAAACCAAAUAUUUCUCCAGAGAUAUUCGAAGUCAUUUUAAGCUUUUGUUACACGAACUAUGCAAAAUUAAGCGAUAAAGAUGGUAAAUUCAUAAUUGAGCUCUUGAUAUCAGCUGAUGAGAUGAUCUUUACCUCUUUCAUCAAUUACAUUCAAAAAAAUUUCACAACUGCACAAUUAUCAUGGUUACAAGAAAAUUGUUUGGAAAUAACCCAAUUCGCGUUUAAAUAUCCCUCAUUUCAAGCAUUACAACACGUUUGUUUGGAAACCAUAUGCGAGAAUCCUUCAAUAUUAUUUAAAUCACCACAAUUUACUUCUUUUGAAUCUAAUAUAUUAUUGGGUUUACUUCAACGUAACGAAUUAAACUUGUACGAGGUGGAAUUAUGGGAUUACAUCGUCCAUUGGGGCAUAAAACAAAAUCCUAAUAUCCCAGUAAACCCUUCGUCAUGGAGUCGUUGUGAUAUUAUAGCUGUUAAAUCUUCUAUAGAAGAAUAUCUACCUUAUAUUAGAUUUUGUAAUAUGACCCAAAGUGAAUUUCAACGCUACGUGUGGCCAUAUCGGACUCUCAUCCCUUACGAGUUGUAUGAUUCCAUCAUGACCAAUUUCAUAAUGCCGUUGUUCAAGUGUAAGCAGAUUAUGCGACAGCGAGGUACCGGAAUUCAAUCUCGUUUAAUCAAUUGGGAUCAUUUGAGUUACAUUUGUGGAUGGAUUGAUCGCAGGAUUGAACCUUAUUCCGCUAACGCGAUCUACAAAUUAAAUAGUGACGUAGAAGUAAUUAAUUUUGGCAAUGGUGAUCUGAGGUUAGAUAAUAAUUUUAAUGAAUCGUUUUCUUGUAGUGCUAGGAAGCAUUCUUAUGAGAUGGGUAUACGGAGUGAUACAUCCAGUUUUUGUGUUGAGGAAUUUGAGGUUUUCAAGAUUAUUAAUAGGAAUGAGUGA